CCAAAGGUUCACCAUUGCGCAUGCGUUUGUGGUGUCGUGACAGCGUCGGCUGACGGCGAGGCGGGAAGAUCUGCUUCUUUGAAGGCGUCGUGGAAAAUGGAGGCUUUAGACAAAGUCUGUUCAAAAAAGUAAGUGUCUGCGAAAUUUUGCUUCCUUUUGUGAGCCAAACCCUAUUUUUAAUUAGGGUAGACUUUAUCUUAUGUUGUAAACACAAAUGCACUUUUGAUGUCGUUUUUACGGCUUAUCCCGCUCGCAAAAUUAUGUUAGAAUAAGUUUAAUUAAAUCUCAUUAUUUGGUACAGAAUAGAAUGAAAUUUUACGCCAGAAACCAAUGACUUGAUCGUCUUUAAAACAACACUCUUUUUUCGAAUCGUUGAUUCAGUUCAUUGAUUACAAACAUUCAUGAAUGCCAAAAACUGAAACAUUUGAAAAGGACAGCGAAAAUUACUUUGCUUCCAUCUUAGACAACUUCUAUUUGAAAGUUUUAAUCAGCUUUUGCUACAGUUAGGGCGUUUUAGUUUAAAUUAAAUGUAAACUUGAACUCUCACUGUUGUUGUUAUCAUGCUCAAGAUUUUAAUCGACCUUUUUUUUUUCACUAUUUAUCCCCGUAAGAAUGGUCCGUGAUAUCUAGAAGAUAGACUACUUAAGUUUUUAAAAUAUUUCUUUGUGUACCCAGCAGUGAUCUCAAAUAUCUCUGAAUAAGAGUGUUACAUGAAAGUUAUGGAUCAUCCAUGAAUCUAAGAUAGGUCUUUUAACUCACACAUGGCCUUCAAGCUUUCCAUACUAGAUGACAUUAAAGUAAGAUGUAAAAAUACGAAAUAUCUCUGCCUUAUCUCAUAACAGUAUAUUUGCAUAAAAUUUGUAGUGCUCAAAAGCCUAUGGUGUGGACCAAUAAACACAAUGAAUUGUUGGUGCAAGAAAUGUACCUGUUUGAACCUUGGAAUUUCAAACGAGGGAGUAAACAAAGGGGCCAAGUUUGGGAAAGAAUAAGUGAAUCGCUCAAUCUGUAUGAAUCUUCCAAGUUUACAGUAAACCAGAAGUCAGUACGUGAUCACUACAUCUUCCUGGAGAAAGAACAAAAGAAGAAAAUAAGAGAAGAAGAACAAGCCAGUUGA